AUUAAAAUGUCACUGUCAGUUUGUGCAAGUGAAAUUUAAAAAAAUGUGCUCGUAAACCAUUCAAUAUUUUAUUUUUUAAGUUAAACUGUAAUGUGUAGCUCUGGUCAAAAAGAAUCAGUAAUAGUUAGACCUGAUGGCAACAUCACUAUAUUCGGACUGUGCAAUCAUUUUCCUGCAGAUAUGCCCAACAAGUUGAUUUCUAUAACAGCUGCGGAUGAAUACAAAUACACAAUAACAAGGAUCAACAGAAUAUUGAAGAAAAGCAUGUUAUUGAAUAUGAAAAUAUUGCUGUGUAGCUGUUUAUGUUUUUGCUGUACCCUCGGUUUUUCCGUUUAUCCACCGAUAAUGAUCAACAAAAGAACGAAACACCGAAUUAAAAAUGUAUUAGAAGAAGAAAAUGAACGAAUUUAUCAUCAUUUAGGUUUACAUUGGGGUUUGAUAAAAAGACCUUUCGGGCCAUUGCCUACAGUUGAAUAUGUUUUACAAAUAGAAUUCUUCAAUAGACCAAAUAUAUAUGCUCCAGAUUGAUUUUACUUUUAUAUGAGAUUCCUUUGGAAUACGUUACUGAUUAUUAGAGUUUAAUAACUUUAUAUUUAAAAAAAAAUCUCUUAACAUAUAUUUUAAUAAUGUUGAAUACAAUAAUUUUUAAACCUUU